CCAUAAAAUACUUAGGUCAGUCCCUGCUGCCUAUCACACAAAAAAAAUCUUAGAUCGGUUCUUGCCGUCUAUUUACCAUAAAAAUCCUAGAUCAGUCUACAGUUGUCUAUCAUAAAAUACGUAUAUAGUUCUUCCCAAGCUUGUUUCCUGUAUUUUUUUUUUCUUUAUUUAUUUUUAUUCGAAUAUUUUUCCCUAAUAUUUUACACAACCACUAAGUAUAAAAUAAACGCUGACAUAUAUGAAUCAACGUGAGACGUGCACUUCAAGCUAUACAAUUUUAAUUUAAUCAUCUAUCUUCACUUAAUUAAUAUACUCACAACAACGCUGUCGCCACUGCUGUGUUCAUUUUCCUUGAUUGUCUGCUGGCCCGUCUUGAAUUGUUCGUUGAUUCCGGAGUCACCUUGGUUGAUCAGACCUUAACUGUUACAUCCGUGGAGCUGCUGACGUGGUGUAGUCGCUGCGUCGGUACUGGAUAUCCGAAGUUGAAUGUAGCCGCCUUGACUGCUGGACUCGCCUUUGGAAAUUUAAAUCCGCCGCUUCGACUGCUCACCUCGUCUUUAACUCCUUGAACCUCCUUUGUUCGACUGCACCAGUGUAAUAUCACAUCAACCUACCAAACCAAAUAAAAACCAAAAAUGAACGCCAUCAUGAAAAUUACAUUAGCCGCCGUUGCAGUUUUCGCGUCCGCCAUGAUGACCGCUUCUGCCAAACCAACUGAACUCGUGCCCGCCGCCGCCAUCGCUCCAGUGGCCGUUGCUACGCCAUACGCUAGCUCGUUCACGUCACACAGCGUGGCCCACAGCGUAGUCACCCCGGUCGUACCGGCCGCUCCGUACGUGGCCGCCGCUCCAUACGCCGCGGCACCAUACGUCGCUUCGCCUUACGCCGUGACACGGCCUUACGCGGCCGCACCUUACGUCGCCGCGGCUCCUUACGUGGCCUCUCCUUACGCCGCGUCGCCAUACGGGGCCUCUCCUUACGGUUACUACCCGUACGCCGCUCCAGCUUACCUAUAAAGGACGUUCCGAACUAAGAUGAUCACCGCACAGCAGUCUCCACGCGACAACGGACGAGAGACGACCGCAACAACAACUGCUAACGCCACUGAUUCUUUUCAUUUUUAUAAUAUUUAGAUCGUAUUUUUUAUACAAAUAUCGUACAGACGAUAUAAUAUUAUAUAAUUUGUAAACAUAAAAAACCGUAAAUGUCACGGCGACACGAACAUAAUGUGUAUCGUGCGUGUAUAUACAUGCAAAAAUAUAAUGUAUCAAUAUUAUAAUAUAAUAUACCUAUAAUAUAUACAUACUAUGAAAUAAAUAUUUGU